AUGUCUUUCAACGUACUCGCAGGAGGCGCCAUCAUCGACGAGAAGCACGAUCUCCAGCCCACGUUCGACCAUCUCACCAGUGCGUCUCUUCUCAAAGGAUUUCCGGUGGCCGCGAAGGUAGAGCGAUGGUGCUACCAACACAGAUCGCGGGAUGACAUAGAACCAACGUUGGGGGUGAUUUACUUCGACACAGGGAACGACGCGAAAGAGUACCUGCAGAUCAAAGCCGAGGUGGCUGCCAAGGCUGGUAUUCGCUAUAUAUCACACAGACUCCCACCUGACGCAUCAGUCGAUGAGACACUCGACAAGAUUGCCGAAUUGAACGAAGAUGAAAACACCCACGCUAUCCUGGUUCAGCGACCUUUACCGAACCACCUCGAGGAACACGAGAUAAUGGACAGCAUCCACAUCAUAAAGCAUAUCGAGGAAUUCGCAAAGGGAUAUGCGACCAACAUUGCAGUGGAUGCGCUAAGGCGGCUGCUCGACGCCUACCACAAAGCCUGGAUGCUCGAUCUGACUAUUGUCCUUCUGGGAGGGACGAACAUCAUCACGCCAGGUUUCAAGGCCGACUUGAAGCGCCACCUCCCACACGUCGACAUCCUGGAGAUGCUGGGUGAUGGAAUGUCCGAGAUCAACCCCCAGCGCCAUACAGUUGUCAUGACAGAACUCAAUAAGGGGGGCAUCAUCAAACCGAGCAUGAUAGGGCCGGGUGUUAAGCUGAUUGUUGACCUGGGAUUCGACGUGAUUACCAAGAUGGGCGAUCUGUAUCCUGGCGUGCACGACAUCAGAGACCUUGUAGUUGUGCCUACGCCAGGAGGGGUGUUACCCGUGAUUAUCUGGCUCAUGAUGGAACGCACAAUCAAGGCGAAGGCAUGCCUGAAAUCAUCUCGGAGCUGCUGUCUUCUAGGUGCGCAGUCUGGAUGCACAGUUUCUUGA